AUUCACCUCAAUCACUACCUCACUACGUCUUCCUCAUCGCCUUUUAUACCAUCAGAGAACUGGUUUCUCUGUCACCCAUCACCAAUGGAGACCUUACUUUCCCACUCCUUCGACUACCUCUCCUCGUCCUCUCCCCAAAAGAUUCGCAAGGGCCUAAGACAGGUCGAAGGUCUCCUUGCACAACUAUGCCUUCUCAAGACAUCUCUCGCCAAUAAACGGCAGUCCAUGCUGCUGUUAGGCUCGUCACUCGCACCGACAGGCAAGAAAUUGUCAGAACUGCCUGAGGAUCCAGCCUUUCGGGAAUUCUUCAAACUUCAACAAAGCUUCCAAUGGAAUAUUGCUAUGAGGCUGGUCGCUUGUUUGGAACGCCUUCUCGGCAAGGAGAGCAACGGAACCAACGACCUGUUGGUCAUUCAAAACCUGGAUCUCAUUCAAGGCAUCCUGCUAUUACACCCUCCCUCUCGCGCACUGUUCGCCCAGGAGAUAUACAUGAAUCUCUUUCUCGACCUGCUCGACCCCUCCAAUUGUCCGGCAAUCCAAUCAUCCACCAUCAUGGCUCUCGUUACAUCCCUCCUCGACCACCCACAGAAUACAAGAACAUUUGAAGCUAUUGAUGGCCUGCUGGUUGUCACCUCUCUUUUCAAAUCCCGCAGUACUUCUCGUGAAGUGAAGCUCAAGCUGGUCGAAUUUCUCUAUUUCUACCUCAUGCCAGAGACACCCGCCCCCAAACUCUCGACCUCGACAUCUGCCACAAACACAGCAAUCCUGGGAGGACGAGGCAAGGAAUUGAUCGCUGCAUUUGACCGGAGAAGAGAAACAGUCAAUGGCCAAGAGAGCGCAGUGGCCGACGGUCGACCAGACACAAGGACCACGGAAGAGAAACAGAGCUUGCUCGGCAAGCACUUGAGCAAUGUGCAGGAUUUGGUCGAGGAUCUCAGAGAGGGAGGAGGUGUGUUUGGUGUCGGAGGCAUAUCAUGAGCACGUCAACAAGUGUAGAUGGCGAAACAGAUUGGUGGAGAUAAACCAAUGAACGCAAAGAUACCCCCUCGUAUACAUGAUUGAAUUGUCAUGGAUGUUUGCUGGCACUGCGAUAUUGGUUAAAUCGCGCAUCGCAUAUUGACCGUGGUCCCCUGCAGAGAUCGAAAGCUACCACCUCACAAUAGAGGGAGAAGCAGAAGCAGAAGCAGAAGCAGAAGC